AUGGGUAAAUCUCACGGUUACAGAUCUCGUACUCGUUACAUGUUCCAACGUGACUUCAGGAAGAACGGUGCUCCAGCAUUGUCCACCUACCUGAAGAUCUACAAAGUUGGUGACAUUGUUGACAUCAAGGCUAACGGUGCCAUCCAAAAGGGUAUGCCUCACAAGUUCUACCAAGGUAAGACCGGUGUGAUCUACAACGUUACCAAGUCCGCUGUUGGUGUUAUCAUCAACAAGGUUGUCGGUAACAGAUACCUUGAAAAGAGAGUCAACUUGAGAGUUGAACACAUCAAGCACUCCAAGUGUAGACAAGAAUUUUUGGACAGAGUCAAGUCCAACGCCGCCAAGCGUCACGAGGCUAAGGCCCAAGGUGUUGCUGUCCAAUUGAAGAGACAACCAGCUCAACCAAGAGCUUCCCGUGUUGUUUCCACCGAAGGUAACAUUCCAAAGACUUUGGCCCCAGUUCCAUACGAAACUUUCAUCUAA